AUGUCGGGCCUUUUGCGAUCGUUGAGUAAACGAUUCACGCGUCUCACCAAAGGACGAUCGAAUGGACAGGCUAGAUCAAGUGCUUAUCAACAGGUAAAUUGUCCACCAUUUCACCAAUAA